AUGUUGUCGACACUGAGUUCGUUCAUCGGGAUGUCAAAUCCACAUGAGAAAACAAAUCUACACAUGAAGUUGACCACAGAACCACGAGCCCUUCCAGCCUCAUGGUAUCGGAGAGAUGAGAUGUAUCAGUUGGAGCGUCGAGCCAUAUUCGCCAGGAAGUGGCUGCUUGUUACGCACAAGCUGCGGUUCACCAAGCCGGGAGAUUUCAUACGCUUCGAAGAGGCUGGAUAUGCUUUCAUACUGUGCAUGGAUAAGGAUGGCACGUUGAAUGGUUUCCACAACAUCUGUCGGCAUCGGGCUUUUCCCGUAGCCACGGAAGACGCAGGAAACGCCAAACUCUUCUCGUGCAAAUACCACGGCUGGUCCUACGGACUGAGUGGAGAGCUUGCUAAGGCACCUCGAUUCGACACUGUACCCAGCUUCCAGAAAGCGGAGCACAGCCUCUUCCCGGUCCACGUACAUAUCGAUGAGCUGGGUUUCGUUUGGAUCAACCUGGACGCAUCAUCUGCGCCCGAAGUGAAAUGGGAGGAUGAUUUCGAAGGAGCUGACACCCAGGAACGAUUCCAGGCUUUCGACUUUUCCCAAUACCGCUUCGACCACGUCUGGGGGAUGCAAGGCAAGUACAAUUGGAAGACUCUUGCCGACAACUACAACGAGUGUUACCAUUGUCAAGUGGCCCACCCCGAUGUCAAUAAGCUGGCCGACCUGUCGUACUAUUAUACAGUCUCGAAACCCGGCUACAUUCAACACUUUUCUCGGCCCAAAAAGGGAAAGGAAGAUGAAGAUAUCAAGAAUGCCAGUACCUACUAUUUCCCGAACGCUUGCAUGACCGUUUCGCCUCACUUCUUCUAUAUGAUGCGAUGCGUACCGACAUCAGCCACUACAUGUUCUAUGGAGUAUGAAGUCUAUCGGCACAAAGAUGCCACAGAUGAGGACUUUGAAUACAUCGACUCCUUCUUCAAACGUGUCCUUGGAGAAGACAAGUAUCUGUGUGAUGCAGCCCAGAAAAACCUGAAUGCCGGUGUUUUCGUCAAUGGAGAGCUACACCCAGAUCUGGAGAGCGCACCAAUUUACUUCCAAAACACCGUGAGACAACUCGUGACGGCACACCGUAGGAAAGAGGACGUCAAAGGAGAAGAGAUAUGGCCGGCUCGUCGUCACAUGCCUCAUUCAGGGGCCACGGAGGAGGACGCAGCUUUCUGCGAUGGAUUAGCUUGCAAGCAUUCGCAACUGGCAGAGACAGAUUGGUGA